AUGAAAACUCCUAAAGAAAUAUUUAAAAUCGACAACAAUAUGGAUACAAAAAUUGAAGAAUUUAAAUCAAUCAAAACGAUACCUUCACCAAUUUCAUUACAUGCCCCAAGGAUGCAAAAAAAUCAUUCGAUACAAGAAUUUUACCGCGAAAUAAAUUCAUCAUCCGAAUCGGUUGAAGAUCGUUCGGAAUUUAUUUUAUACUACAUGAUGGGUGCUACAUUUGUGAGACCAAUGGGAAUUUUUACCGGUAAAUUUGAUAGAGAAUAUUCUGAAAUAAAUCAGUAUAUUCUUCGCCGAAGUAAUGGACAACUUACAUGGCUUCCAUAUCGAUCAUCAAAUCCUGCACUCAAAGCUGAUUACUUAUACGUUAUAGAACAUGCAUCUGCACGAUCACGGCUGUAUAAUUUACUUAUCACGCCAGAUGGACCGAAUAAUCCUGAAAUUUAUGUUUAUGGUGAAAUGUUUGCCGGUUUUUCGUUUCAAGCCCCCGGUAGCCUGGAACUCAAAGGUCAUUUAUUCAUGACUCAUAUGUAUCCAGAACCUAAUGUUUGUGCCAUCGAAGAUCCAUUGGAAUCCGACAUUAUCAUUGAGAUUACUUCUGGAACACUCAUCGUAUUCAUAUGUGAUGAUAAAGAUAUUGUCAUUUUACCUGGAGAUGAUUGUAAAAUGAAAUUUACUGCCGAAAAUGAACAAGUUCUGGAACAAUUCCAAAAAACUCAAAAGCCUUUCUCAAGAAUAUUGUCACCAUCUUUAUCUUCUAGUCGAGUUGAGUCUACAAAAAUAACAGAACUUGAAAAUCCACCAAAAAAAGAAAAGAUUAUUAAAAGACGGAACGAUUCACUUUCAGAAUUGUUGGAUUUAAUCCAUCAACAAAAAUCCAAAAUCUCAGAAAUAAAAUCAUUGGAUAAUCUCAAAAGCCACGUUGAGAUGAAAAAGAAGUCUGAUGAUCUUAUUGAAUUGAAAGAAAAAUCAAUUUUAUCGCCACAAAUUUCUGAAGAUUUUCAACUACAAUCAAAAGAUCCACCCCAAAAGAUAAGUUCAAGUAUAGAAAGCAUGAAGAAAAAACGUAAACGUAAAAGUAGUAAGCAAUCAUUAAAAUUAAAACGAAUUCCUAUCAAAGAUUCUGAUGGGUCACCAAAAUUGAACCGAAAAACAGAUAUGGAUUUGUUAUCAUAUGGAAAACAAGCAAAAGAAGAUAUAAUUCUCAAACAACAUAUGUCACCAGAACGUUUAAAAUCCAAAUCUUUGAUGAAACAAAUAGAGGAGUCCAGUAUUUUAUCGCCUUCAAAGAAAUUGUUGAUUCGAUUCGAAGAUGAUGGCCAACAAAAUGAAUCGUUAACAUUUAAAAAAACUGAAUCUUUUUCGCCGCCAUUAUCUUCGUUGAGUAAGUCUUCAAAAUCUGAUGAUGAAAAAAAACUAAGCAAUGAAAAUGGUGAAAAAAAAUCACGAUCCAAGGAAAAGUUGUCUUCAUCGAAAUCGAAUUUGAGAAAACGUAGCAAGAUAUCUACCCGAAGACGGAGGCGACAUCGUUCACGUGAAUCAAUGGUAAAAAUGACAAGAUCAAAAUUGGCCGAUUCAAUGCUACAAUCACGAUCAUUGGCAAGUAAAUCUUCAUCAUUUUAUCCAAUUGAUUCAGAUCUAUUGAAACGUGUGGCAAAAAAUGUGCCUACCGGAAAAAAGGGUAGUAGUAAACUGAAUCAAUCACCAUUAGAAAAAUACAAUGAAAAUCAAAAGGGAAAAUCCUCAACUGAUUUAUCACCAAGUCGACAGAAAUCAAAAUCUUCAAGGUCAUUGAAGAAUACAUUCGAAUCUAGGUUAUCGGCUGUGCGUGAAGCACUUGAAUCAUUUAAAAAUGAUCCUUCAUCUAUAAAAACAUUACGACGAACAAUUCAAAAAUUAUCCAAUACUGGAACACAGUUAUCCACAAGAACAUUACAAGAAGGUUGUUUGGAUGAAAAAAUCAAGCCUAAAUUAGACUUUUAUCUACGGCUAUUACAAGAACAAGUAGUUCAUUUAGAAAAUGGUGAUAAUGAAAUGAAUAAAGAUGAACAACGAAUCGAAAUGAUAUCAUCAAUGUUUGAAUGUGUUCAAAACAUUCAGGAGAUAAUCCGCAAGAUUAAACUGAAGAAUACUAAAUUAUCAUACAUAUUUUGA